AUGAAGACUACCGUUAUCGCUACCCUCGCGCUUGCGCUCUCCGCCGCCGCCGCGCCCCUCGCCAGCUCUCAGCGCCACGUCAUGCCCCACGCUGUCCGCACGCACCGCAACCUUGCCCGCCGCGGCCAGAAGUGCGAGAACGGCACGGUCGGCCACAACUUCGCCGCCGAGGCCCCCGUUGACGUCGCCGAGGUCCUCGACACUGGCGCCAAGAAGAACAAGAAGCAGAAGGGAGAGCACAAGCAGGACAACUGGACCUCUCCCUCUCCCUCGUCGUCGUCUUCGACCGCCGAGUCUCAGCCCACUGAGAACGGCGACAAGCACGACAACAACCAGGGCAACCAGGACCAGAACAACCAGGGCAACAACGACAACAAGGACCAGGGCCAGAGCGGCAGCGUCGGCAGCGGCUGGGCCUCGGGCGACUACGCCUGGGGUUCUGGUCCCGACUUCCUGAAGAUCGGCAACGACGGCAAGUAUGUUGGCUCUGGACCCCGCGCCAAUGCCAAGGGCACGUUCUACUCGCUCCAGAACCCUGCCGAGAACCACGGCUACGACAAGACUGCCUGUGGUACUGACAACCCGUCCGACACUACUCCCCUCGUCGCCAUGUCGAAGGACAACUGGAAUGAGCUCUGGCAGGGAUCCUCCUACGACGCUCCCAUCUGUGGCCGUCACAUCAGAGUCACCUACAAGGGUCGUUCGGCCAUUGCCACCGUCAACGACCAAUGCGCCACGUGCAAGUACAACCACAUUGACAUGUCGCCCGUCCUCUUCUACUACCUCACCGAUGGCAAGGAGGCCGGCGACGCCCUCGGCGAGAUGAAGGGCCCGGAGUUCUCCUGGGAGUGGGUUGACGACGCACCCCAGGCCCCUGGCAGCUUCACCGACCUCCCCUCCGACGGCUUCCACUGGGACGGCUCCGGUGGUGCCGGCACCAACCCCUGGUAA